AUGGGCAAAGAACCUGGGAAGAGAUUUACUCAGCAGAUGACGAGAGCUCCACUCGAUUAUUGCCACCAGUCUCUGAAUAAACACAGGGCUGUAAGUGAGCAGAACAGAAAAGAGUGUACGCGCGUUUUCUGUGAUUUUAUCACUGGGGGCCUUGCUCAGGCAGUCGCUGCGCUGGCACAGCAGAAUAUGUUACAACCACCCGACAUAGGAAGCUCAAACUUGGGACAUGACCUCUCAUCCAAGCAACUAACGGAACAGCAACUACGAGUGCUCCAGCAUGAAGUGUGUGUUAACACUGCCGAUGCCAACCCUGUCGAUUUCAUUUUAGACGUAGAAACCAAGCUUGUGAGGACUGAAACAAUAGACGACGAGAACCACUCCAUUCAACAACGGGUCGCCUCCAUGCUGAUGACACACCGACCAGCUCAAUGUGUGCCGCAGAAUAAGUCGACGACUAUUAAAGACGUAAGAACGGGCAAUCAUAUUAUCAUCUUGCCCGCGGAUAAAGGACGGCCAACGGUCCUCAUGAAUCGAGAAUAUUACAACGAGAAAUCCAAAGGUCUACUUGAUGACAGAUAA